AUUCAUUUACAGUUCAAAGUGUUCAAAGUAUAGAGAAAUAUGGCUGUUGCUCAUGGCACUGGAAUCGCGUUAGAAGUCGCCAAUGGAAAGAAAAAAAGUAUGUUUGGAAAGUAUUUUGGGAGUUAUAGUUCCGGUGAUUUAACAAAAGUUGAACCAACUACUACAAAAUUGCCAGGACUGCUUUAUCCAAGAGAAAGUGAAUCUCGUGAGGUUAAAUCUCUUGACGGUUUCUGGGACUUUGUUAUUCCUCCAGCAGACGAUGUUCAAAAAGGUCACAGAGAACUUUGGCACACAGACACUUUGUCCAAGUUUGACAAUGUCAUUCAAAUGCCAGUGCCCUCCUCUUACAAUGAUAUCACAACUUCUUCUGCCCUUCGUGAUCACAUUGGUCCAGUUUGGUAUGAAAAGUCAUUUUUCAUACCAUCGUCUUGGAAAAGUGAGAGGGUAUUCCUGAGGUUUGGAUCCGUCAAUUACUUGGCCCAAGUAUGGCUAAAUGGUGACUUACUGACAAAUCACGAAAUAGGACAUCUGCCAUUUGAGGCUGAAAUCACUACAUUCAUAGUUUUUGGAGGUAAAAAUCGCGUUACCGUUGCUGUAGACAAUAGCCUCCUCAAAACUACUGUGCCUCAAGGAAAAAUUGUUAGCAUGGAGUCUGACAAUGGACCUGUCAAAGUACAAACUUAUAGUUUCGACUUUUUUAAUUAUGCUGGUAUCCAUAGGCCUGUCUUAUUGCAUACAAAACCAAAAAUAUAUAUAGAAGAUAUCACUAUCACCACAGAACUGGCUGGUGAUGUUGGUAUCAUUAAUUAUAUGAUUGAAAUAGCAGGAUUAGAAGAGACUGACCUUCCUAUAUGUCAUGUGAAUCUCAUUGAUGCUAAUAAUCAAUUUGCUACUGAUGGACCACACAUUGGAAUUCAAGGAAUCAUUGAGAUUAAAUCUCCAAAAUUAUGGUGGCCUCGAUCUAUGAAUGAAAACCCUGGUUAUCUUUACACAUUUGAAGUUGCAGUUACGACGUCAAACUCUCCCAAAAUAGACAUCUACAGACUUCCUAUUGGUAUUCGAAACAUUGAAUGGACCACUUCAUCAUUUCUGAUAAACAAUAAGCCAGUUUAUUUUCGUGGGUUUGGAAGACAUGAGGAUUCUGCAAUAAGAGGACGUGGUUUAGAUUUGGUUACUGUAGCCAGAGAUCAUGAAUUACUUAAAUGGAUUGGUGCAAAUGCUUACCGCACUAGUCACUAUCCUUACAGUGAUGAAGUUCUUGACAUGGCUGAUAAACUUGGAUUUCUUAUCAUCGAUGAGUGUCCAUCUGUGGACACAGAAAGUUAUUCUUCAACUUUGCUUAAAAAGCACAAAAGGUCUUUGUCAGAAUUAAUCAGAAGGGAUAAAAAUAGACCUUCUGUAGUGAUGUGGUCUAUUGCAAAUGAACCAAGAACUCAACAUCGCAAUGCUUCUUCUUAUUUUAAGCAAAUAGUUCAGCACACUAAGUCACUUGAUUCUACUCGUCCAGUUACAAUUGCAAUAGCAGUAUCAUCCAGUGAGGAUAAAGUGGGCCAAUACCUUGAUGUGAUAAGUUUUAAUAGAUACAAUGCUUGGUAUUCAAAUCCUGGAAGACUGGACAUGAUAACUAAACGAAUAGUCACAGAAGCUCAAGCUUGGCACAAUAAAUAUAAGAAACCAGUAUUAAUGUCAGAAUAUGGUGCAGAUACGAUGCAAGGAUUGCAUGAGUUACCAGAAUAUAUUUGGAGUGAAGAAUAUCAGACGCAACUGAUAUCAAAACAUUUUAAAGCUUUUGAUUUAUUAAGAGCUGAAGGUUUUUUUAUUGGAGAGUUCAUUUGGAGCUUUGCAGAUUUUAGAACAGCGCAAACUUACACAAGAGUUGGAGGAAAUAAAAAAGGAGUGUUUACUAGAGACAGACAACCAAAGAUGGUGGCUCAUCACAUUCGUAAAAGAUACCAUGCUUUAGGAGCUGAACAAGAUGAGUCGAAACUUCCUAAUGAUCUCGAGAACUACAUAUCCUCACAUUAUCUUUAAUGACGAUAUUAUUUAUUAGUAGGUUGUAUAUUUUUGUAAACAAAUAAAUUAUCUUUGUAUUCUAAUAUAUUUUAUGUGAAAUAAAAUUUCUAAAAAAUAA